AUGGUUCUAUCGUCUGAAGAAGAACCCGAAGUGAGGGCAUCGACGGCCUCGCAGCUCCCAAAUCUCACCAAAAAGAAGGAUAGGAUCCUACUAGCUCCGUCAAAUGUGAUUUCUCGGCUCUUCUUUCUCUGGGUGUUUCGACUGAUUGCCAUCUGCAGAAGAACGGAUGACUUACGGGACGUGCCUCUGGCUCUGAGAUUCACUGAAACGGCCAAAGUCACCGGCGAUUUGCUGGGAAAGGCUUGGGAACUCGAAGAAGCUGAAUCAAAGCAAGCUACACUCGCUGGAUCACUAUUUAGAGCUUUCGGUGUCAAAUACGCCCUCCUCGCUAUCUGGAAGGUCUUAUGGGCCAUCUUUUCCUGGUUUGCCGCCUUCUUUCUCAUGAGAUGGAUUGUCGAAUACUCGGAACGUGUUGAUGCUCAAGAACUCGACAAUCCUGCUUGGAUUGGUUAUGCCAUAUCUGCUGGUCUCUUUGUCUCGUGUGCUGCUGCCUCCCUGUGCUUUCAUCAGCUGUCUAUUCAGACUACCAGGAUAGGCAUACAGUGUCGAGCUGCUUUGAUGGUCAUGAUAUAUAGAAAAUCAUUACGAUUGAGUUAUAUCAAGGGCGGUGUAGGAGAUAUCGUCAAUCUCAUAUCAAACGACUGUAAUCGCAUCGCUGAAGCUGCAGUCACUUGGCACUAUCUUUGGUCUGCUGGGUUUGAAUGUGCUAUCAUCAUCGCAUUGGCUUUAUCAAUAAUCCGAGUUUCUGCCGUCCCAGCUCUACUCCUCAUCCUCCUCAUUUUACUACCAGUCCAAUACUUUUUAGCCAAACGGGCAUCCGCUGCCUCAUAUACCACAACCGCACUAUUCACAUCCCGUGUCCAUCUCAUAUCCGAAAUCCUAACUGCCAUCAAACUAGUCAAAUUCUAUGCUUGGGAGUCCUACUAUCUCGAAAAAGUUAACAAUGCGAAACAAGCAGAAGCUAAAAAGAUGAGAGAAGCUCUUAGAUUACGUGUUGCUACCUUUAUGGUGGUUUAUAUUGCUCCUGUAGUGGCUGAAUUGGCGUGUCUCGUCACUUACUACUUUGUCAAUGGUCGAGUCUUGUCGGCUGCUGUUGUCUUUACGAUUCUGAGCUUGUUUAAUACCCUCAGAUAUCCUUUGCUCAUGUUGCCUAAUGCUGUGCGAAGUUAUACUGGCGCCAAGACAUCGCUGACUCGCUUGGAAGAAUAUUUCAAGUUGCCUGAAGUAGAUAAGCAGAACGAGCCUAGUCCUUCUCCAACGGAUUCCAACAUCUUGAUUGAAGUGGACGAUGCCAACUUUGUAUGGGACGGAGUAGACCAUCCACACAUCACAGAUCUCACCAUGAAGCUCGAACGAGGCAAACUUAUUGGUGUCAUUGGAGACAUUGCUUCUGGAAGAUCACUAUUAGCUGCUCUAAUGGGGCAAUUGAAACGUACUAAAGGAAGUAUAUCUAAAUUUGGUACUAUUGGAUACUUGCCACAAGAACCAUGGCUAGUAAUGUCCACUCUCAAAGAUAAUGUCUUGUUUGGAUGUCCCUUUGAGCAAUCCAAGUAUGAUCAAGUUAUCAAGUUGUGUGGUUUGGCUAGAGACUUUAAUUACAUGUCGAAUGGUGAUUCCGCCAUGGCCAAUGAAGUGAACUUGACCCAGAAUCAACGUCAACGCAUAUCUUUGGCUCGAUGCCUAUAUCGUGAUCCAGACAUUAUGUUGAUUGAAGAUAGUUUGGAUGAUUUAGAUCAGGCUACCGCUCGCACUGUAUUUGAUGACGUUAUCAUGGGAUUGUUGAAGAGGGGAAAGGGCAUUGUGUUGGUUACUGCUCAAAAGCAGUUUCUUCCUGAUUGUGAUAUUGUGAUGGUGCUGAAGCAUGGAGCAGUUACGGAUCAAGGAACCUUCCAGGAUCUAAAAGCUCGCCAUGUCAACUUUUCGGCUCUGGUUAGUGAUGCCCUAGUGCUAGAAGAUGACCCCUUGGGUCUGCUUGAUCAAGUGAAUGAGAUCAACCUAAACGCUCCAAUUGAUCCAAGCAACCCCUUCCCUGAACCAGAUUCGGCGAAUUCGAAUGCUACUAAUGGUCAUCAACCAGGUGAUUUAACAAUCAGCGACACCACUAUGUCUUCUCCACCUUCCGUCGCCAUAAACGUACCAUCACCAGGAUCCAACCAUCACCACGCCACAUUUGCCACACCAAACGAAAAGACUGUUAAUGUAGAAGCCAACCAAUCCACCAUCCAAGCACUUCAAUCCCUCAAUCAACGAUCCAUUCAAGCUGGUGGCCUAACGGAACAAGCUAUAGCCAAGAUGGUGGAACGUACCCAAUUGACUGUAUUAGGCGGCGUCCCAUUCAAUCGUGCUCCUACUAAUUUCGCAAAUCAAAACACUGUUACUCGAACGGUUGAUGCUAACGCAUUGACUGUUCAUUCUAUAAUGGGCAUUGAAGCGGUUAGAACUAUGAGUGAUGGGCCUGGAGUUAUGACUCGUGGCAGAGGUUUUUUUGGCGGUGCGUUGGGAUUGUAUGUGCAAGAGACGGGAUUGGCGUUGGGUAUUGUUGUUGUGCUUGCAUUCUUUAUUGUUCAUGGGUUUAGAUUUGUUAGUGAUGUCUGGCUAUCAUUUUUCGUCCAAGGAGCAUAUGGAUAUAAUAGUGCCACAUACUUGGGAGUCUAUGCCGGUUUAGCACUGGCAAUAGCACUAGGAGUCCUCCUUCGCGGCCGUCUCUUUACCGAAGCAGCCCUAGCAAGAUCUGUGUCACUCCAUCGUAAAAUCCUAGAUGCCGUGCUUCGUGCACCAAUGUCAUAUUACGAUGCUACGCCUCUAGGACUUAUAUUGUCCAAUUUCGCACGACACUUGUUUCUUGUAGAUGAUUAUCUACCUGAAGCAUGUUUGCAAGCAUUGAGUUAUACCCCUAUUCUUGUGGGCACUAUUGUGCUUGUUUGUGCUGUGGUUCCUUGGUUUUGGGCUACGUUGCCGUUAUAUGCUGGGUUGGCGUAUUUAUUGUUGUGGUAUUGUGGUGGUGUUGAAGGGAGGUUGAAGGGGUUAGAAGCUUUCAACAAGGGACCCAUGUUUGCUCACUUAUCGGCUACGUUGGAGGGAUUGUUUAGUAUCAGAGUGUAUCGCGAAACCGAUCGUUUUGAUAGUUUCAAUCGUUCUCUGAUUGAUGCUGAUCAUCGUGCUCUCUUUUCUCUUACCCUUGUGAAAGGAUUACAAGCACUGUACAUUGAUUUAUUAUCAUGCCUAUUUAUAUUUAUCGCUGCUCUAUUUACCGUCAUCUUUCAAACUAAUGCUGCUGUGACGGGUCUUGCAAUCUCCAACGCUCUUCAACUACUACUCUUUGUACCAUGGCUUGCACGAACUGUUGGCGAUGUCAAAGCAGCGGUCGGAUCAGUGGAAGUAGUAAUAAGAACCGCCGACAGCAUACCACGUGAAGGUAGUGCUAUUCAUGAUAUUGGAUCUUCGGGAACACCACCUGAAGGAUGGCCAUCAAAUGGAGAUAUAGAGUUCCGGAAUGUGGUUUUGAGGUAUCAUCGUUAUGGAGUUGCUGUUUUGAAGGGUGUGAACGUGUCGAUACAUGGUGGUGAGACUAUUGCUGUUGUUGGGAGGUCUGGCUCUGGGAAGACUACGUUGCUCGUUGCCAUGUUACGAAUAGUAGAAGCUUCUGAAGGCAAUGUACUAGUAGACAAUGUGAAUGUGUCGUCAAUCCGGUUACGAGAAUUGAGGUCACGGAUUGCUGUUAUUCCACAAGAGCCUGUGCUUUUGACUGGUACUGUGAGAUCGAAUUUGGAUCCAUUUGGCAAGAGGUCUGAUGUUGAUGUUUGGAAGGCCCUUGAUUCUGUACAUAUGGGAGAUAAAAUCAGGGAGUUGCCAUUGAAAUUGGAUGCUCUGAUAACAGAAAACGGCAAGAUGUUCACACUAGCUGAACGGCAAUUGUUUUGUAUUGCAAGAGCUAUCUUAUUGAAUACCAAGAUCGUCGUUCUAGAUGAACCAACCAGUGCAUCAGACACAGACACUGACGAACUGAUACGAAAAACACUUCGAGACAACUUUGAAGAUACCACUCUCAUAAUGCUAGCCUCACACUUCUUGACUGCCGUACAAUCAGAUCGUAUCCUGGUCAUGCACAAUGGCCAAAGUGUAGAAUUCGAUACACCAAUGUCCCUACUUGACAACCCCAACUCUCGCUUCCUCAAACUCGUUUCUGAACAUAAAGGCCAAGCUGAUUUAGAUCGAUUGCGAAAAGCCGCACGAGCAUAUCAAGUACGUAAUCAUCCUGCAACCACCUUCACGAGUGCUUCGCAAGAGCAAUUAGCUAAGACAGUAGGAGAAGGUGAUAUUGCACGUGUAAGUAAGACUACCAUGAUGCCACGGUCUCUUGAACAGAUAUUUGGGGCAAGCAAGUUGAAUGGUAGUAGUAUUAGUACUGGUAGUAAAGCUUCGCCCGGUAGUACUAUGUCACCAUUAGCUGCUGCUGCAUCCUCAAUGUCAAAUCAGUUGGGUGGUGGUGAAGGUGACAUUGGGAUGGCUACGCUCAAAACUGGAGAUAAUGGUAAUGGGUUUGGGAAUGGAUUCUUAGCACCAGAAUCUUCAGACAAGGAAACACAACCCGAAAUGCAAACCCAACCAGCUGCUGUGAAUCCCGUUCCAAAUUUAGGAGAGUUGCCGCCUAGCGUGAGUAGGACAUUGAGUCAAGGAAGUACUGGAAAGGCCGAUUUGGUGGGUCAAACGAUAACAUUUACGCUAGAGACAAGCACUUCGUCCUCAAAAUGGAUGGCACUUGGUGUUGGACCGUCUAUGAAUGGAGCUGCUGUCUAUGUAGCCUGGAAAAACAGCUCUGGGAAUGGUUACGUAGUGUCUGAACGACACUCUGCCUCAGAAACCAUUCCAACAAUGACUGGAGUUCAAGAUAUGACGAUUGUCUCCUUCGCAAGAACCACACCUAUGGCAGGAUCUGUCUUUGGUGUUUCCUUCCAACGCCCAAUGUAUAACGCAUCCUUCUUGGCUUAUGGACCAGUCAAUGCCUCUCGAACUACCAAUUAUAUCUGGGGCGCUGGCACUACCGUAACCUCUCCAAAUUCCCCAGGCUCCUCAUUCAAUCAACAUGCUGGUUCCUCCUUUGGUACUUUUGCUGUCGACUUUACUGCGACUACAAGUGUUUCAGUUAGCAGUGGAGGCAGUGGUCCUCGCAUACCUGUUCCUCCUGCACCAACCGCAUCUUCAAAUUCGUCGACCUAUUGUGUUGAUUCAUCGGUGACUUUUUGUGUUACGGCUCAAUCAGCUACGCUAAAUGGUGUUGCUGGUGCUAUCUAUACUGUUGAGACCAAAUAUACCGGAUAUGUCGCUAUUGGUCUCGGAGGUACAAUGAUGGCUGGUCCAACGAUAUACGUCCUCUAUCCAAACAGCACAUCUGGAUACACCUUGUCUCAACGUGUAACAUCGUCAUCUCACAACACCCCUGCAACUAUGGCUAUCGAUGGUUACGUCGUAACUCGUCCACAAGCAGCUACUGGUGGUGCUGCUCUCUCCGCCGCUUUCUUCCGUCCUUUGGCACCUGGAGGCAGCUCAUACACUUUAUCCACGAGUGCAACAACCAGUUACAUCUACGGUGUUUCCAAUGCUGCUGUUGCAAUGGACUCAACAACUUCCAGCAUCGCUCAGCACGAUACUUAUGGCUCAUUUAGUGGAAACCUCUUCCAAGCUGGAGGAUCAGUAUCUAAUGGUGGGACAACCACUCCGGUUCCUGCAACUCCUGGCAGUUCGGGACAGACGGCCGCCUCCUUUUGUGUCGACUCUGCCAAAUCGUUUUGUUUGACUACUGUACCUGACGCAGCCAAUGGCGUUGUAAUUUUCACUAUUGAAUCAUCUUUCAAUGGAUGGGCAUCGUUUGGUCUUGGUACUCAGAUGGCUGAUGCAAUCAUGUUUGUGUUUUGGAAGAAUUCUACAGGUGGAUAUACAAUCUCUCAAAGAACAUGUGGAGGACAUGUAAUGCCGACCAAUGCUGCCACCGUUGAUGCCAAUAUUGUACCAUUCAACCUAACGACGCAUACCGCUGGCUGUACUUUUGGAGUCAGCAUUUCAGUCCCAAUGACAACGCCAGCGCAUCGAUUGAAAUCACGUGCUGUUUCAAUCGCAUCGUCCGGCAGCCUUUCAUAUGUUUGGGGUGCUGCUUCAUCUGGUCCAUCUGGAAGCAUUGAUAGUUCAACUUCCAGUUUUAACGUCCAUGAUCAACGAGGUGUCUUCACUCUCGAUUUGUCAUCGCUGGGCAACGCAACCGCUCCUUCGGGAUCGUCACCUUUAUGGAAUACACCUGAUAAGGCAUUGAUUUUCAGAAUUCACGGUAUUCUCAUGUUUGUUGCAUGGGCCGUUUCUCCUUUCGCAGGUAUCUUCAUUGCUCGGUUCCUCAAAGACGUACUUGGAGUUUGGUGGUACCGAUUGCACGUUUGGCUCAUGUUCGGUGUCACUGGUGGCAUUACCCUUGUCUCAGUGAUUCUUGUCUUUUUGGUUGUUUCUCCUCCUCACUUCAAGAUGGAAGAACCACAUCAAGCGCUAGGACUGUUUUUGGCAUUAUACUGUCUCCUCCAAAUUGGGUUGGGAUUCCUUUCCAAUGCUCUAUGGACUCCUGAUCGACCAGGUAUUCCAAUUUUCCCCGAUAAACUGCAUUGGUGGGUCGGAAGAACCGCUUUAUUGGUUGGGGUCAUUGAAAUCUACCUUGGCCUAGUCCUAUACGGUCAAAGCUAUCCUAUGUCUCCAGCUAUUAUCCCACUUUACUGGACGUGGAUUGCAAUCAUGUUUGGCGUCUUGAUAUUUGGUCAAUUCAAAUUUGGAGCCGUUCACCACUUGAAGAAGACAGAGUUGGCAACUUCACAAAUGUCCUUGGUCGACCACAAAGAAUUCAGCAAGCCUUUGGGCCCGCGGCCCCCGGCUUUCACCAAGUCUGAUGAAAUACUGGCAUCAAACGACACCUUGGAUGCCUAA